AUGAACUGGUUCCAGAACCUCCCCAACAACUCCAUUCACAGCUGGGAAGGAGUCAUGUCAAACUUCCUGUCUCAGUACUCCUCGUUGAGGAAUAUUCCGAAAUCAGAGGAGACCUUGGCCUUGAUUAAGCAGGGCGAGAAGGAAUCUCUGAAGGUUUUCCUUAAUCGCUUCAACAAGGAGGCGAGAGACAUUCCAGACCUGCUUCCCCAAGUCCGUCUGAUCCUGGUACGACAAGCGCUCCGACCGGGCCCUUUCUUGACUUCCCUAAAUGGGAAGAAAGCAAAGACGCUGGAGAAAUUUCAAGUCCGGUCCGAGAAGUACAUCAACAUGGAAGAAGCAGCAACAUUGAGGUCAACCAAUCAAAACCCUACUCAUAGGGCCCCUGAGAAAGCCAUAGACCUUGUCGAAACGAAGCGUGAUCGAGAGACCCGCCGCAAGAACCAAGAGGACAAGAAACCAAAGCGAAAGAAGUUCAACAGCUACACCCCCCCUGAACUUUUCCCUGAACUCUUCCCUUUCCCGCAUCUUGCGAGAAAGAGCCUCCAUCGACCUCAGGGACAAGCCCCCUCCCCUGCUUACGCGGGGGGAUAA